CAGUUGUUAAAGAUGGUGUAUGCCCAGUGGUUCAACAAGGGCAGGCCGGAACAUGCAAUAUGGAAUGCUACGAUGAUGCACAUUGUGAGGGAAGCAUGAAAUGUUGCAGUAAUGGAUGUGGACGUGUAUGUGUUGAUGCUCAACCAGGUCCAAAACCAGGUGAAUGUCCAGCUGUUCCAGCAGGGCAUGUGGGAAUUUGCAGUGAUUCCUGCGAAAAUGAUCAUUCAUGCUCGCAGUUCCAGAAAUGUUGUAGCAAUGGUUGUGGGCAUGUAUGUGUCGAUCUUGUGCCUGUUACUAAACAAGGAGUGUGCCCAGCCAUACAACCAGGCAUGGGUGGCAUCUGUUCACAAGAGUGCAAUGGCGAUGAACAUUGUGAUGGAGACCAGAAAUGUUGCAGUAAUGGAUGUGGACGUGUUUGUGUUGAUGCUGAACCAUUAAUCAAACGUGGUCAAUGCCCUGGUGUUCAACAAGAUACAGUUGGAACAUGUGUACAACUAUGCGACAAUGAUGAAUCAUGUGCAGAAUUCCAAAAAUGUUGUUCAAAUGGUUGUGGAACAGUUUGAGUAGACCCAACACCAGUUGUUAAAGAUGGUGUAUGCCCAGUGGUUCAACAAGGGCAGGCGGGGACAUGCAAUAUGGAAUGCUACGAUGAUGCACAUUGUGAGGGAAGCAUGAAAUGUUGCAGUAAUGGAUGUGGACGUGUAUGUAUUGAUGCUCAACCAGGUCCAAAACCAGGUGAAUGUCCAGCUGUUCCAGCAGGGCAUGUGGGAAUUUGCAGUGAUUCAUGCGAAAAUGAUCAUUCAUGCUCGCAGUUCCAGAAAUGUUGUAGCAAUGGUUGUGGGCAUGUAUGUGUCGAUGUUGUGUCUGUUACUAAACAAGGAGUGUGCCCAGCCAUACAUCCGGGCAUGGUCGGCAUCUGUACACAAGAGUGCAAUGGCGAUGAACAUUGUGAUGGAGACAAAAAGUGUUGCAGUAAUGGAUGUGGACGUGUUUGUGUUGAUGCUGAACCAUUAAUCAAACCUGGCCACUGCCCUGCUGUUCAACAAGGUAAAAUUGGAGCUUGUGUACAAUAUUGCAGCACUGAUGAAUCAUGUGCAGCAUUCCAAAAAUGUUGUUCAAAUGGUUGUGGGACAAUUUGCAUAAACCCAACACCAG